GAAAUGUCAUAUCAAUUUGUCUUGUCGUCUCGUUCUGUUUACAAAAAUGGCUAUAGGUGUUGAUACUUCGAAGUGGAAACCUAGAAAGUUAAAAGGAACUCCCGCUGCAAAAGUCAGUAAUAUAAUUGGAAUAAGUGUAGUUACUUUCGGUGUGAUUUGUGGUGUAUUUUACCAAUUUUCAAGUAUAACAGCAAAUUUUCGUAAAAAAUUGGAACCAUUUUAUGAGGACUCUGAACCAGAAGUAGAAAGACGACUGAUGAUAGCAAGCGGCUUAAGAAAUAGAUCGGGUGAUAUGAUUCGUAAACUUAGAGAAGAGGAAGCCAGGCCUGAUACCCCUGAUAAAUAAGAGAAAAUGUAUAUAAUUUUUGUAAAUUUAUUCAGCAGUAGUUAAUAAAUCUGUAGGACUUAUGUUUGUUUUAAUUUUGGAUAUAUUUAAUGUAAUAGCAAGUAUUUCCAAAAAUCUGGAAUGGACGAAAGCUUAACAGACUUUCAAGAGAGAAAAAAAAUUUGUACUGGACCUAAAACUAAUA